AGAAGCUUCAGUCGCUGCUUCAUCCUCGCUGACUUCAUCUCAUCAGUUGCAGGUGUCGAGCUGCAGAGAAACUCCACAAUGACUCCAAAUGUUUUCUACCUGCUCUUUCUUUUGAUGGCCGACAUGUCUCUGAGUGCUCCAACUAAAACUGAGAAUCCAGUCAAUGAAACGGACAACUCUCUGGAAGUCAUCCCGAGACCAAAAAUUGAUUUUGAAUCAUACAUAUUCCAGGGAGACAUCCUCGUACCGAAAACCACAAACAAGAAUGCAGAUCCAUGUGUUGUGAAAGGCUGCCUGUGGCCCAAACAUGGACGCCACGUCAAUGUGCCGUACGUCAUCUCUCCUUACUAUACUCAAGAAGAACGCAACAUCAUUGUUACAGCACUCUGGAGCCUUCAGCGGACCACCUGCAUUCGCUUUGUCCAGCAUAGUUACAAUACUCGGGACUUCAUCUACUUCAUACCAUUGGAUGGGUGUAGGUCCAACAUGGGACGUCAGGUUGGAGGACAGUACAUCUCCCUGGCGAGACCUGGAUGUUUGUCCCACCGCACAGUUCAGCAUGAGGUUCUUCACGCUCUGGGUUUCAACCAUGAACAGGUCCGCUCUGACAGAGACGCACAUGUUAAGAUUCUCUUUGAAAACAUUGAGGAAGGAAAAGAUAACCAGUUCAGAAAAGUAGAGACCAACAACUUGGGAACUCCCUACGACUUCAAGUCCGUCAUGCAAUACGGAAAAUAUGCAUUCUCCAAAAAUGGGCUGCCUACCAUUGUGGCCCAGUUCAAUCCUAACUAUGACUGGGGGCGAGCCACUCAGAUGAGCGCCAACGACAUCGCCCGCGUCAACAGGCUUUACCAAUGCAGUGAGUCUUAAAAAUCUCUGAAACUGCUAUAGUACUCUCUAAAUGUCUCCUUUUUUAUCACAGACUAAUAUAACAUGAAGGAAUCAGCUCAACAACCGCCAACAGCCAAGAAUUGGUCUACUACAAGAACAUUAUCAGCUCAUAAAACGUUAAACAGCAAAAACUUUGGAGCAUUUUUAAAAAGAUCAUCUAGAGCCACCUGCUGGUCAGAGGUCGCAUUGCAUCGCCUGUUGAUGGGAGGUUCCUCAGUCAACUUCUUGCAACUUUGAUUUGAAUUUGCCUUCUGCUUUUUACUUUACAUGGAGCCUGUAUGUAAUAGAAUAAAAUGAUCGUUUUGAUUAAA